AUGUCCGCUUCCAACCUUGAGGAGGGUGACAGAAAACAAGAAGAUGAAAACCUGCAGACAGCUUUAGGGAAGAAACCCAUAUGGAGGAGUGCCGCCCUAAUGAAUGCAGAUGGGGAAUUUUCCCAAGGAACAAGAAGACGAUCACUGGGCAGCUCGUUUACUGUGUCCGUUGCCUACCCCCCCGACUGAUUAAUGGCAACAUAACCCAGGGAAGCUACUUCUGGCAACUCAUUCCCCCAUUGAUUAACGGCAAAGCAAGGUCCAUGAAUGAACAAACACCCAAGAUCAAUCGGAAGCCACAGGGUUUCAGAGCUCGUCAUCCCGCGGAACGCGGCAACCCAGACUGAUCUUGCCGCGAGCUCUUCAGUCAAUGAUGAGGGGCGGCCGAGGGGUGGAAGAGGGUGAAGCUAAUUCUAAAAGGUUUUCAUGAAAAGGUGGACCUGUGCGGCCGCAGUGGCCCGAGUCCUGCUCACUGCUGGCCAACUCACAAGGGUACAAACCUGCCGGGCAUUGUCCACAGUAGCACGUGAAUAGAAAGGGAUAGGCGGGCUAGGGGGAGAGAGAGAGAGAGAGAGAGAGAGAGAGGACGGGAGAGCUCGGCGUUGAUUUCAAUGUUGAAAAAGAUGAACACCUCUCUGCUCGAAAAAUGGCAGCUCCAUGGAGGGCAAUUCACGUGGGAACAGUCUCUUGUUGCCCCGGAAACCAGAGAAGAGAGGUCCUCUUCCUCUCGUCCCGCUCCUGUCACCCCCGAAUCCAGCCGUAACAACCCUAAUCCUAAAUCCCCUUCCCCCCAGGCAUAAACCCUGGUAUAUUAAAAACACAUCUACCGACGCUAGCAGAGGUAUAGAAAUGGAGAACGAAGGAAAGAUCGGGUUUUUUUUUGGGUUGGUUGCGUACCGGGAGAAGAGAGUGCCGCAGUCGCAGCGGUACUCGCGGGUGCCGCACACCUUGGAGUGAGCCUUGAGGUCGGACUGGACGGCGUAUCGCUUGGAGCACUUAUCGCACUUCCACUUCUUCUCGCCGUGCUUCCGGCAGAAGUGCUUCUUGAUGCCGGUGAGGUCACCGAGGGCUCGGGAGGGGUCGUGAUGGACGCAUGUUGGCUCCGGGCAGAGAUAGACCCGCUGCCGCACCUCCUUGGUGCUCUUCUGCCGGAGCUUCCAGGGAAGGUUGUGGCCUCUCCGGUGCAACUGGAGGUUCUGCUCCCUCUGGAAGCCCUUGUUGCACACUUCGCAUAUGAAUCUGUUCGUUGCCAUCAGCGUUUUCGGCGAUAGAGCUAUCACUUCCGCAUCUGGAUCUGUUUUUUUGGGGACCAUGUGAAAGAUAUUAGUCGGAUUCACCACUGGAUUGAAAACAAUGGUGAUUAUGAUAAUGUGACGGGAUGCAUGCCAUGCGAUAAUGAAUCUAGGCAGAUCAGUCGAUGGUGAUGAGGGUGAAUUGGACGAAUAACUCCAAUUAUUUUGGCAAUGGGAGCGCCCGCCAUGAAACCCAGAAAAGAUAGAGCACAAGGGGUGGAAAUGAUUUCCAAUGAAGGAAAUUUGGAUUGGGGCUAAUGCUACCGAGAAAUUUUUUACAAAGAUUCUCGGUUGCUCUAGGUUUAUAUGGAAUAUAG